AUGUUUGGUUCAUCAUCUUCAUUCAAUACCAGCAAAACGUCUUUGUUCGGUAACACCACCAAUGUCACAUCAAAUGAUGAUAUCGAAGUGCCCAGUGCUCCCGACGAUACUGUGCAAGUUGUGAAAUUCAGCCCGCAGACAACUGAAAAACCAUUAUUAGCAGCUGGUAGCUGGGAUGGAGUUGUUAGAGUUUGGAUGGUAAAUGAUAACGGACAAUGCGAGCCAAAGGCUCAACAGAACAUUCCGGCUCCAGUUUUAGAUAUAGACUGGACUGAUGAUGGAACCAAAAUAUUUAUUGCGGCAGCAGAUAAAGAUGUUCGACUAUGGGAUCUCGCCUCUAAUCAAGUUGCUGUUGUUGGCAGUCAUGAUGGCCCUGUGAGAACAUGCCAUUGGAUAAAAGGAAAUAAUUAUUCAUGCCUGAUGACAGGCUCCUGGGAUAAAACUUUACGCUUCUGGGAUAUGAGGAAUCUUCCAACUCAAUCUUCCCUAGCUAAUAUCCAGCUCCCUGAACGGGUUUACUGUGCAGAUGUAGUCUAUCCUAUGGCCGCAGUAGUUUUAGCCAAUAAGUCUAUUAAGGUGUAUAACUUGGAGAAUGGCCCACAGGAGGUUAAGUCAAUUGAUAUAACUGGAAUGAAGUAUCAGUAUCGUUGCAUAGCUAUAUUCAAAGAUAAAAAUAACAGUAUGCCUUGUGGUUUCGCUGUUGGAUCAAUCGAAGGAAGAGUUGGUGUUCAGUUCGUUGAGGCUGCUAAUCCACGAGAUAACUUCACUUUCAAGUGCCACCGAUCGCCAGAAUUGGUUAAUGGAUUCCAAGAGAUUUAUGCGGUCAACGAUGUAGCAUUCCAUCCUCAGCAUGGUACACUAGUGACAGUUGGAGGUGACGGAAGGUAUUCCAUGUGGGAUAAGGAUGCGAGAACAAAAUUAAAAGCAUCGGAUGCCAAUGCUAUGCCUAUAACAUCUUGUCAUAUACAUGCCUCUGGACAAAUAAUGGCUAUCGCUUUCGGUUAUGAUUGGAGUAAGGGCCAUGAAGGAAAUACUCAAACUGGAUCCAAGAUUGUAUUACAUAAAUGUUUCGAAGAAAUGAAGCCGAAACCCAAGAAGACGUAA